GAAGCAGCGGCGGGGCGCGCAGGUGACUUUGUCAGCUGGUGGCGGCGAUGCUGCUGCUGCCGCCGCCGCCGUCCGUGAGAAGGAAGCAGGCGGCCGUUACCCCCGCCGGCAUGAGCAGCUAUCGAGCCACCCUGCAGCCACCGCAGCCCCGCCCGCGGCAGCACUAGGACUCCUUUCCCCCGUCGGCCCAGCCCCGGGGUCUGCCACUGCCGGCGGAGGGAGCGGGGCGGAUUAACCCUAUCCCGCUGUGUGAGGGGCCGAACAACCGGUCCGGCCCGCGGCUCGCAGCGCUGAGGCAGCCUCUUCUGCCGGUCUCCGCGCCGCCGUUUCACCUGCGCAGCGGGGAAGGGAGCCCCCGAGCCCCAGCGAGCCGCUCCCCUCCCCUGCGCGGUGCUGUGUUUACCGCUACUGCAGCCCCAGACCCAGCGCCCACUGGGGGCUCCCCCCUUCCGAUAGCACCUUCGUGUACUAGCCACUCGCGCCAGCCUCCCUCACACCAACCGGCCUCCCGAGCCCCCGCCGGUCAGCUCCUGCUGUCAGACACUCCCCGCAUCCCUCCGCUCCGGCCCCAGCCUCCUCCCGCCGCCGGCGGCUCCCUGAGGCCCUCUCCCUUGGCUGGCCCCGCCGUGCGCCUCAUGGGAGUCUGCUCCCUCCCGCUGGGAAGUGCUGCCGCCGCCGCUGGCUGCUGCUGGGCUUAGGAGGCAGCAGCCCCUGUCCAGGAGGAGGAUGUCGCUGCUCGGGAAGGCGCUGCGGGUCUCCAAUCGCUCCAUCCUCGCCUUUAUCUUCUUCUUUUCCUUCUCCUCAUCGUGCCUCUACUUCAUCUAUGUGGCCCCUGGGAUAGCAAACACCUAUCUCUUUAUGGUGCAAGCUCGAGGAAUAAUGUUGAGAGAAAACGUGAAAACAAUAGGACAUCUGAUCAGAUUAUACACUAAUAAAAAUGCUACUGUGAAUGGCACAGAUUAUCCUGAAGGCAACAAUUCCAGUGACUACCUUGCUCAAACAACAAUGUAUCUUCCAGAAAAUUUCACAUAUUCUCCUUACCAGGCUUGUCCAGAAAAGCUGCCUUACAUGAGAGGCCUUAUCAGCAUCAACAUGAGUGAAAUUAGUUUUGAUGAAAUUCAGGAAGUAUUUUCAAAGGAUUUAGACAUUGAGCCAGGUGGUCAUUGGAAACCAAAAGAUUGUAAACCACGAUGGAAGGUGGCAAUCCUCAUUCCUUUUCGCAAUCGCCAUGAACAUCUUCCAAUUUUUUUCCGGCACCUCAUACCUAUGUUACAGAAGCAACGGUUGGAAUUUGCCUUUUAUGUUGUUGAACAGAGUGGUACACAACCUUUUAACCGUGCAAUGCUCUUUAAUGUUGGCUUCAAAGAGGCUAUGAAGGAUGUUGCCUGGGACUGUGUAAUUUUUCAUGAUGUGGAUCAUUUACCUGAAAAUGACCGAAAUUAUUAUGGAUGUGGAGAGAUGCCACGUCAUUUUGCAGCAAAGCUGGACAAAUACAUGUACAUUCUUCCAUACAAUGAGUUCUUUGGUGGUGUAAGUGGACUGACAGUGGAACAAUUCAAAAAGAUCAAUGGAUUUCCAAAUGCUUUCUGGGGAUGGGGAGGAGAAGAUGACGACCUUUGGAAUAGGGUUCAUUAUGCUGGAUACAAUGUAACAAGACCAGAGGGAGACCUAGGGAAGUACAAGUCCAUUCCUCAUCAUCACAGAGGUGAAGUCCAAUUUUUAGGACGGUAUAAACUCCUGAGGUAUUCCAAAGAGCGUCAGUACAUUGAUGGGUUGAACAAUUUAAUAUAUACUCCUAAAAUACUCAUCAGUAGAUUUUAAAAAUAUAACUGUAACCUCAUACCAGACCUAGCUCCUGUUAGAGACUAUUGAUGGAAGUGGAGUGGCAAGCUACACUCCUGGAGUUAAGACUUGUAACACUGGAAAAUACAAAUUAAAGACCUAUUAAAAGACUUUAAAUUAGAUCUUUUUAACUAUUUGGUGAAGGAUGUUUGGGAAGAGAAGAAAAAUGACUGCAUGUGUUACCAUGCAUUCUAUUAUGAAAAGAAAUGCCAGCAGCUACUACUCAGUGUUUACAGCAUGGGACUACUAUAUGUAAGCCUUGUUUCACCAUAUUCUCUAUCUUAAGCCACUCAACAAUAUAUACUGCAGAAAACAGAUCUGUAGCUUGUUUGGAAGGCCUUUUCUCCCAGGAAAUUUUUAUAGUUAAAAACUGUAACUUAAAUGAAUGCUUUUUGUUUCCUUUUUAAAAUGUGUUUUGUAAAUAUAUGAUGUAAAUUAAUGUGCUCAAAUAGCUUUUUAAAUAUGGUAAAUUAUGCUUCAGUAUGUAUUUAGGAUAUUACUGUUUUCCUUCUGUGUUCAGUAGCAUGAAAGAACAAAUGUAAAUAUUUGUGUUUAAACAAAGUUUAUAUCUUGUAUGAAAUGAUGGAACUAUCAGUAAUUGAUGGCCAGCUAUGACUGUAAACUGUUAUACAAGUUUUGAGCUUUAGGCCUGCUGCAUAUCUGUAUAGAAGAAUUAAUUUAACAUGUAAGCGCUUGCUAGGAAGGAAGCUUCUAAUUUUACUUAUUACUAGUAAAAUCCUAUGAUUCCCUGCUUGCCAUCUAAAUCAUAGUUUAUGCAUAUUGCAUGUGCAUUUUAGAAAAAUCUUAAGGUUGUUGCAUAUCAUGAUAUACAGGAACUCUUACUUUAGUUGUCUCCAUAUGUGCCACUAGUGUCAAUGUCAGGGAUUUUAUGCCUAAAACAGUUUGUUCAAGUCUGUGUAUUGUAGUUUGGUAGUAUCUUCUUUUUUUAUUCCUAGUAAACAGCACUUUUAUUCCUCAAGAAUCAGAAGAGCCAAAAAUGUAUCUUCACUGGAAGACAAAUAUUAAAGUUAAUUUUUUAAAGAAUUGAUAGCAAAAUAUAUUCCUAAACUUUGUAGGGUGGGAUUUUUAAAAGCACACUGUUGGCCUAGCUGCUCCAUUGAUUAUGAUAGGAUCAAUGGGACCAGAAUUAAGCCAGUACUGAGUGCUUUUGAAAAUCUCCCCGUAAUAUAUUAAUCAGCAUAGAUAUUAAGGGCCUAAUCCUUUGAAGUGCUGAGCACUUCCUGUAAAGUGCUAAGCACCCUCAACUCCAUUACUUGCAGUGAAAUUGAGGGUAUUCAGGACUGACCAGGAUAGAUCCCAGAUAAUUGUCUAUUUUUGUGAUAUUAAAUGCAUGAAUAUCUAGCCUCUCUGUUUUUAUUAAUCAUAAAUCUUAAUUUUCCUUUUGCUUUGCCUGUAUUGUUGUGCUAUCUAAUCCCAUUCAGAAACACUAUCUUUGCCUAAUAUUUUAUACAUCAAUAGGUAAUAUGAUGUAAGGAGGUAGUCUGAAACAUUUAUUUUCUCUGUUAAUGCAACACAAAUCUGUUAAAUGUUGACCAAGAUGGUCUGAGAUUGUUUUGUAACUGUCAUAAUCAUUCAGUGAUUUAGGAACCAAAGACUUUCUUCUGCUCCCAUGAAGAAUAAAAAAACAAUGUAUUAUAUAGUGUUCCUGCAAGAGUGCUGACAAGAAACACCAAUCUAAACUCACUCUCCAUUUGUGUGCCUCCUGGAUUUACCACAGCAGAUGGUGGGAUGCAGAUGUUUGUUUGUUGUUAGCGCCUUUUCUUUUACAGCCUUCCCAGCAGCAAGUUAUGCCCCUGGCCAUUCUUUAAUGAAAGUUGUGAGUAUACUUGUAAACUUUCCAAUAAUUUGCAGAAAGGUGGUAAUUACUGAUUUGAUUGACAUAGUUGAAAGCAGGCGGUAGGAGAUAUUUCAUAUUGUAUUGGAAUGAUCUUUAAAUCUAGUCCAUAUAGUAUGCUAUAGAAAUUAUUUAAUGUACAGGAAAAAUAACAAAAGAUUAACAAACUGAACAAACCCUUAAAAUAAGCAUGCUUGAGUUUUGUAUUACUACCUGAUAUUUCUGUAAUUGAGCAUACUGAAUAUUUUGAGAGGCAGAUUAAUAGAUGUGAACUCAAUAACUAGUAUACUAAAUAAGCAGCUAUAUUCUCAAAAUAAAUUUGGUCUUAUAUCCAUAUGUCACAUUAGCUGAACAUAUUUCCUUCAGGAUUAUUAAAAGGAAUAGUUUUUAAAUGUCUGACUUUAUUUUGAAGUGUUUUCUGGUAUUCAAUUUUAGCAUCUCUGCUUGUGAUGCAUCUUUUGGUAGUUUAGGUUUGUGCCUUGUUUCUCCAGCAUGCUUUUAUUGACAUGUCCAUUUCUCAGUUAUGCAUUUGGAAGACAUCCAGUAAAAUUAAUGUUUGAUUUGGUUUUUUUAAUAUCUCCUGGUGCUUUGCAAACUGAGUAAGUGUUGAUUAAUCAUGUACUGUCUGAGAGAGGAAAUAUUGGGAUUUAAUACAUAGUCGCAAUUAUAUAUAAAUGGGUUAACAAGGCAUAACUAAUUUCUUUAAUUUAACAUGACACAAACUACUUAUGUCCCAGAUUGACACAGCUUACAUUAAGAAAGAUGUUUAUCAAUCACUUUUGCCAGAUACAUACCUUUUAGUGUCAGGAAGUUUUAAAGGCUGCCAUCUUAUUAUUGAUAUUACACCAAAAUAAUGUGUGUACACUCUGUCUGAACCCAGUACAGUUCUGUAGCAGACUUUAACAUAAACAGUGCCUUCAAACAAAAGAAACGAAGUGCAGAGCUGAGAGUUAUGCACAUUCCUUUUGAAAACAUGCUUAAUUCUAGUAAAACAGAAAAGAAUUCAUGCUGGCAUUUUGGUUCCUGACAGACCACAAAUUUGACUGUUCCUCAACAGAGGACACAACAUACAGAAAUUUUUUUUUUUUGGAGAUUCUGAAGGGGCUUUACAAAUUAAGAGGUAGAAAUGCUAUAAAAACACUAACAGUGUCUCAAGUCCAGUCAGUACACAAGCGGAUAUUUUUCAUCUAAAUUUCCUUCUCAUCUGCCAUAUUUUAAAUUACAAUGAGAAAAAUAUAAAAUUUAAUAUUCUUGAAACCAAGAAGAUAUUGACAAACAAAUGCAAAAUGUUUAUUCUUAGAUCUUUUAGGCUAUUUUUGUACUCUUCUGUUUAAAAUAAUAUGAGUCUUAUAGUGGAUUACAAACAAGCCAAUUAUAAAAAUUUAAAAGGACACAUUGCAUAUCAGCAAGAGGAAGUGUACUUAAGAUUUUAUUUUUAGAGGUAGCUGAGGCAAGCUUAAUGAAAACUGCACUGAAACAAUUGCUGGCAAUUUUCCUGUGUACUAUCAUACCUUUAUUUUUGUUUUGUUCAUGAAAAUGUUUGUACUUUUUUAUCAUUGUCUCUUUUGAAAUACAAUGUUCUAAAGACUG